AUGCCAAACAAUAUGUUCCAGCUGAUGGAGAAUAAAAGGAAUGUGUCAGAAUUCAUCUUAACAGGUCUUACACAGAACCCCCAGAUGCAGAAAGCAGUGUUUGUGACCUUCCUGGUUCUGUACCUGGUGACACUUUCAGGCAACCUGCUCAUUGUGGUCACCAUCGUCAACAGCCAGCUCCUGAGUUCCCCCAUGUACUUCUUCCUGUGCCACCUCUCUAUGAUCGACACAAUUUACACUUCUUCUUCUGCUCCUAAGCUGAUUGUGGACUCCCUUCAAGAAAACAAAGUCAUCUCCUUUAAUGGAUGCAUGGCUCAAGUCUAUGCAGAGCACAUAUUCGGGGCUGCUGAAAUCAUCCUCCUGACAGUGAUGGCUUAUGACCGCUAUGUGGCUGUCUGCAAACCUCUGCACUACAUGACCAUCAUGCACCACAAGCUAUGCAUCCUGCUGGUAGGAGUGGCCUGGACAGGAGGAUUUCUCCAUGCAACCAUUCAGAUCCUCUUCACAGUCUGGCUGCCCUUCUGUGGCCCUAACAUUAUAGACCAUUUCAUGUGCGACUUGUAUCCUUUGUUGAAACUUGUCUGCAUGGACACUCACACCCUUGGUCUCUUUGUUGCUGCCAACAGUGGGUUCAUUUGCCUGUUUAACUUCCUCCUCUUGAUGGGAUCCUAUGUGAUCAUCUUGCGCUCUCUAAAGAACCACAGCUUAGAGGGGAGGCGGAAAGCCCUCUCCACCUGCAUGUCUCACAUCACUGUAGUCGUCUUAUUUUUUAUACCUUGUAUAUUUGUAUACCUACGCCCAGUGACCACUCUGCCAGUUGAUAAAGCUGUUGCUGUCUUCUACACUAUGGUGGUCCCUAUGCUAAAUCCUUUAAUCUACACUCUCAGGAAUGCUGAAGUAAAGAAUGCAAUGAGGAAGCUCUGGGGAACAAAAGUGACUUCAGAUAGUAAUUAA